UGGGGACGCAUGUCAAUUUCCUUUAAUGUUCUCAGCUACUUGUCAAACACGAAAGGGGGUGGGUGAGGGUAUAUAAGAGACCCCUAUUCUCCCAGUGGAGGAAUUUGUCUUUAACCGGUCUAAAACAUGCGCUCAUUGAGAGUACUGGCUGUUGCGCUGCACGCAUCUCUGCUGGUGCUGCUGGCCCAGGGGAUUUCAAAAUCCAGAGAUGGAGUUCAUAUGAGGACACUGCGUCGUUUGUCCACGAUGGACCGACCAGCCGGGUAUCACCUGCCAACCUACAUGGUGCAUCUGUACAGGAAUUUCAAGUCAAACUUUUCCAGAUCGAUGGAUACUAUUGAGCAGGAUGCCGCAAAGCGAGCAGACACCGUGAAGAGCGUGAUGGCUAAAAGUUUGAUGUACAGACAGAGGAGUUGGGUUGUGACCUUUGACCUCUACGCCCUGUUGGCUGACAAACAGAUCCAGGCAGCAGAGCUGAGAAUCAAGCUGCCUGGGACCCAGAGUCCUUCGAACAUCUCCGUGGUGGUCUAUCACCAGCAUGACCAGGCAUGCCACACACACAUGGGCUGCCAAGAACAGCAGCUGGUGGGGCUGCUCACUGAAUCGUCACUGGUCACUUCAUCACAGAGCUGGAAGGUGUUCAACAUGACGAGUCCCCUCUUGAGCUGGAUUGAACAAAAAUCAACUGUGAGAAUUCGACAGAAAAGAGCAUCAAGAAGACGGAAAGCGGUGACGACAAAGAGAGGUCUGUCAUUUCCUGAUCAGCCUGUCUAUGUGGCAAACUUGACCGACCGGGCCUUGUUGGUCAUCUUUUCACACGCUGGCUCUGGUGAAAACUCAAAGGCCAAGGCAAGUUUACUUCAUACAGCUGAACAAUCCAAGUUCUUGUCCCCUGCUGAAAUCAAAAAGCCUCGCUGGCCAAAGAGGGGCAGGAGCAAACGGGGCCAGAGAGAGCAAACAGCAAGAGGGAGUGAAAAACCUCUGUGUCACCGAGUCGACCUGCAUGUAGACUUUAAUCACAUAGGCUGGGGGUCCUUGAUCAUCUUUCCAAAAAGAUAUAAUGCUUACCGCUGCGAAGGUUCCUGUCCUGGUCCUCUGGGAGAAGACCAAAAUCCAACAAAUCAUGCUUACAUACAGAGUUUACUAAAAUUUCAUCACCCUGAGAGAGUGGUGUCACCCUGUUGUGCCCCAACCAAAAUGAGCCCAUUAAGCAUGCUUUACUAUGAGAACGGAGAAAUGCUCCUUCGACAUCAUGAAGACAUGAUUGUGGAUGAGUGUGGCUGCCAAUGAAAGCUGCA